GUUUUUCCAACCGCCCUCAUGUGACGGGAUAUCUCCUCAUUGGAGGUUUUCCCUAAAUUCAGGAGCCCUUUAAAAGGGAGGGCAUUCUCUGUACUUCUUUUCAGCUGGGCAGCUCUGAGAACUCGGACUAGGUGGAGGGGACACUGGAUGCCCUCACUGUUUUGUUUCUUUUUACGCCCUCCUCUCCAUCAGUGGAAGAAAAGGAUAAACCCUGGGCCAUGAGGCUGCCCCUGCUCCUGGUUUUUGUCUCUGUCAUUCCGUGUGCUGUUCAACUGUUGGACACGAGGCAAUUUUUAAUCUACAAUGAAGAUCACAAGCGCUGUGUAGAAGUAAUAAGUCCCAGUGCAGUCCAAACCGCAGCUUGCAACCAGGAUGCUGAGUCCCAGAAAUUCCGAUGGGUGUCUGAAUCCCAUGUUAUGAGUGUUGCACUUAAAUUAUGCCUGGGAGUGCCAUCAAAAACCGACUGGGUUCCUGUCACUCUCUAUGCCUGUGACUCAAAAAGUGAAUUGCAGAAAUGGGAGUGCAAAAAUGACACGCUUUUCGGGAUCAAGGGAGAAGAUUUAUUUUUUAACUAUGGCAAUAGACAAGAAAAGAAUAUUAUGCUCUACAAGGGAUCUGGUUUAUGGAGCAGGUGGAAGAUCUAUGGAACCACAGAUGAUUUGUGCUCUAGAGGGUAUGAAGCCAUGUUCACGCUGCUGGGCAAUGCCAAUGGGGCUACCUGCGCCUUUCCAUUCAAGUUUCAAAACCAGUGGUAUGCAGAUUGCACGAGUGCUGGGCGGUCAGACGGAUGGCUAUGGUGUGGAACCACUACAGACUAUGACACAGAUAAACUAUAUGGAUAUUGUCCAUUGAAAUUUGAGGGCAGUGAAAGCUUAUGGAAUAAGGAUCCUCUGACUAGCAUCUCCUACCAGAUCAACUCCAAAUCCGCUCUCACAUGGCAACAGGCAAGGAGGAGCUGCCAACAACAGGAGGCUGAGCUUUUGAGCAUCACGGAGAUACAUGAACAAACCUACCUGACAGGAUUAACCAGUUCCUUGACUUCAGGACUCUGGAUUGGACUGAACAGUCUGAGCUUCAAUAGUGGUUGGCAGUGGACUGGCAGCAGUCCAUUCCGAUACUUGAACUGGUUACCAGGAAGUCCAUCAGCAGAACCUGGAAAAAGCUGUGUGUCACUCAAUCCUGGGAAAAAUGCGAAAUGGGAAAACCUGGAAUGUGUUCAGAAACUAGGCUAUAUUUGUAAAAAGGGCAACACCACUUUGAACCCUUUUGUUAUUCCCUCAGAAAGUGAAGUACCUACAAACUGUCCUAGUCAGUGGUGGCCCUAUGCAGGUCACUGUUACAAAAUUCACAGAGAGGAGAAGAAAAUCCAGAGAGAUGCCAAGGUUGCAUGUAGAAAGGAGGGUGGCGACUUAGCAAGUAUCCACACCAUCGAGGAAUUCGAUUUUAUCAUCUCGCAGCUAGGAUAUGAGCCAAACGAUGAGUUGUGGAUUGGCUUAAAUGACAUCAAGAUUCAAAUGUACUUUGAGUGGAGUGAUGGGACCCCUGUGACCUUUACCAAAUGGCUUCGUGGAGAACCAAGCCACGAAAACAACAGGCAGGAGGACUGUGUUACCAUGAAAGGAAAGGAUGGGUACUGGGCUGAUCGGACAUGUGAGCAGCCUCUUGGCUACAUUUGCAAGAUGAAAUCACAAACACAAGGUCCAGGAAUAGUCGAAGUAGAAACAGGCUGCAAGAAAGGCUGGAAAAGACAUGGCUUUUACUGCUAUUUGAUUGGACACACACUUUCAACAUUUUCAGAAGCAAACCAAACCUGUGAAAAUGAGAGUGCCUACUUAACAACUAUUGAAGACAGAUAUGAACAAGCAUUCCUGACUAGUUUGAUUGGAUUAAGGCCUGAAAAGUAUUUCUGGACAGGACUUUCAAAUAUACAAAACAAAGGAACCUUUCAAUGGACCAUCGAGGAAGAGGUUCAGUUCACCCACUGGAAUUCAGAUAUGCCAGGGCGAAAGCCAGGGUGUGUUGCCAUGAGAACUGGGAUUGCAGGGGGCUUAUGGGAUGUUCUGAAGUGUGAUGAAAAGGCAAAGUUCGUGUGCAAGCACUGGGCAGAAGGAGUCACUCGCCCGCCAGAGCCCACAACAACUCCCGAACCCAAGUGUCCGGAGGAUUGGGGUAUCAGCAGUAAAACCAGCUUGUGUUUCAAGCUGUUCACAAAAGGAAAACAUGAGAAGAAAACAUGGUUUGAAUCUCGGGAUUUCUGUAGAGCUAUGGGUGGAGACCUAGCUAGUAUCAAUAAUAAAGAUGAACAGGAAACAAUAUGGCGAUUAAUAAUGGCCAGUGGAAACUACCAUGAACUGUUUUGGUUGGGACUGACAUAUGGAAGUCCUUCAGAGGGCUUUACAUGGAGUGAUGGUUCUCCUGUUUCAUAUGAAAACUGGGCUUAUGGUGAACCUAAUAAUUAUCAAAAUGUUGAAUACUGUGGUGAGUUGAAAGGUGACUAUGGGAUGUCUUGGAAUGAUAUUAACUGUGAACACCUUAACAAUUGGAUUUGCCAGAUUAAAAAAGGACAAACACCCAAACCGGAGCCAACACCAGCUCCUCAAGACAAUCCACCAGUCACUGAAGAUGGGUGGGUUAUUUACAAAGACUACCAGUAUUAUUUUAGCAAAGAUAAGGAAACCAUGGACAAUGCACGAGCAUUUUGCAAGAAGAACUUUGGUGAUCUUGUUUCUAUUCAAAGUGAAAGUGAAAAGAAGUUUCUGUGGAAAUAUGUAAACAGGAAUGAUGCACAGUCAGCAUAUUUUAUUGGUUUAUUGGUCAGCUUGGAUAAAAAGUUUGCUUGGAUGGAUGGAAGCAAAGUAAAUUAUGUGUCUUGGGCCACAGGUGAACCCAACUUUGCAAACGAGGAUGAAAACUGUGUCACCAUGUAUUCAAAUUCAGGGUUUUGGAAUGACAUUAACUGUGGUUAUCCAAAUGCCUUCAUUUGCCAGCGGCAUAAUAGCAGCAUCAAUGCCACGGUCAUGCCUACCACGUUACCAGUUCCAUCAGGUUGCAAGGAAGGUUGGCAUUUUUACAAUAACAAGUGUUUCAAAAUCUUUGGAUUUGUUGAAGAAGAAAGAAAAAGUUGGCAAGAGUCACGAAAAGCUUGCAUCGAAUUUGGAGGAAAUCUGGCAUCCAUACAAAAUGAUAAAGAACAAGCGUUUCUUAUCUAUCAUAUGAGGGACUCCAAUUUUAACGCCUGGAUGGGACUGAAUGAUGUCAAUUCAGAACACGUAUUCCUUUGGACGGAUGGACGAGGAGUUCAUUACACGAACUGGGGGAAAGGUUAUCCUGGUGGAAGAAGAAGCAGCCUUUCUUAUGAAGAUGCUGAUUGUGUUGUUAUUAUUGGAGGCAAAUCAAAUGAAGCAGGAAAAUGGAUGGACGACAUCUGUGACAGCAAGCGAGGCUACAUAUGCCAGAUGCCUUCUGACCCUUCCUCGCCUAAUCCUCCAACAACAGUCCCAACAGAUGGCUUUAUUAAAUAUGGUAAAAGCAACUAUUCACUCAUAAAAUUAAAAUUACAAUGGCAUGAAGCAGAGAAAUAUUGCAAGCUUUACAAUUCCCUUAUUGCUAGCAUUCUGGAUAUCUAUAGUAAUGCAUUUGCAUGGAUGCAAAUGCAGCCACUUAAUGAACGUGUGUGGAUCGCCCUGAACAGUAACUUGACUAAUAAUGAAUACACUUGGACAGAUAAAUGGAGGGUGAGGUUCACUAACUGGGCUGCUGAUGAACCCAAACUGAAAUCAGCAUGUGUUUAUCUGGAUCUUGACGGCUUCUGGAAGACAGCACCUUGCAAUGAAAGUUUUUAUUUUCUCUGCAAAAGAUCACAUGAAAUCCCUGCCACUGAACCUCCGCAACUGCCCGGCAGAUGCCCAGAGUCAGAGCACACUGCGUGGAUUCCUUUCCACGGUCACUGUUACUAUAUUGAGUCCUCAUAUACAAGGAACUGGGGCCAAGCUUCUCUGGAAUGUCUUCGAAUGGGUUCCUCUCUGGUUUCCAUUGAAAGUACUGCUGAAUCCAGUUUUCUGUCAUAUCGUGUUGAGCCACUUAAAAGUAAAACCAAUUUUUGGAUAGGAUUGUUCAAAAAUGUUGAAGGAAAAUGGCUCUGGAUAAAUAACAAUCCAGUCUCCUUUGUCAACUGGAACACAGGGGAUCCCUCUGGUGAACGGAAUGAUUGUGUAGCUUUACAUGCAUCUUCUGGGUUUUGGAGUAACAUUCAUUGUUCUUCCUACAAAGGAUAUAUUUGUAAAAGACCAAAAAUUGUUGAUGCCGAGCCUACUCAUACGUUGGCUACAACACAAGAUAAUAAAGCUGAUUCAAGGAAGAUGGACCCUUCCAAACCACCUUCUAGCACAGCAGGAGUAGUCGUCAUUGUGGUCCUCGUGAUUUUAGCUGGGACUGGCCUUGCCGCCUAUUUCUUUUACAAGAAAAGACGUGUGCAGCUACCUCAAGAGGGCGCCUUUGAAAACACUCUCUAUUUUAACAGUCGAUCAAGUCCAGGAGCUAGUGACAUGAACGAUCUCAUGGGCAACAUUGAACAGAAUGAACACGCGGUCAUCUAGUAUCACAAUGUGAUUCUGAGAUAUUUGAAUUUUAUAAAAUUGUAACUAAAAGUUUAAAUUCUUUAUUUCAAUGUCAUUGUUUCCUUUAAAAUUAGUACUGUGUUGUACUGGUCUGUCCUUUCUCUUUGCCUAAUUGAAGAAAUAAUUGCUUGUUGUCUAGCCUGGCAAGAUAUUUUCACAAAAGAAGGAGAAUAAUGUUGAUUAUCACUUUUAAAAAUAUCAUAGGAUAUUUUAAUGCCAACAUUUAGGCAUGAUUGAUGGUAGCUAAUUUCAACAGCAUACAGAUUAUGUACUUUAGAAACAAGGAAGCCUCUUGAAAUGUUUUAAAGAGCUCCCAAGGAUAUGUAAUUCAACAAUUAGAAGACAUUUGAAAAAUCGAGUCCAUAAAAAUUUAGUCAGUUUUCUCUCUCACCAGAUUUUAUUUCCAUGCCAAUUUUUAGAAUUUUAUUUGUACAUGUUCAGAAGAAUAAGGCAGCCGAGAAUCUUGUUUUCUACAAGCAGGGUUAUACAGGUUGAAUAUUGCAAAUGUGUUUUUGUCCUGUUAUGUGUAUAUCAGGAACACAAGGAUGUGAAAAUAAAAUGUAAAUUUGCAUAACUGGAUGUACUUAGAUAAUGUGAAAUAAACAUUAAAGACAAGGUC